CCGGGGACCCCCGGCGGGCGCUUGGAGGGCUGGGAAUCCUCACGGAGGGAAAGCUCGCAGGGGCGCUCCGGGGAGGGCAGAUCGCGCCUGCUUUUCUUCGUGCUGAGCGGAGAUCCCCAUGUGAUUUUUGGGAAAGCUUUGUGCACGCAAGCGUCUGCUGCGCCGUCUGAGGAGUCGGCCGAGCGGCAGCACCGCCUGAGGAGCUCAGCUCACCCAGUCGAUGUGGAGGCAAGGCAAGGCAAGGUGCAGCAGAUGAAGGGGAGGCAGCAAGGUCAGCUGGUGGAGACAGCAGUGUUGCUUUGAGCUACCCCAGCCUCCACCUCCAUGCCUACAGCAUUGAGAGCAUGACAACAUUUCCAAAUGGCUGUGGAAAUGGUACCACCGUUACUUGUAUAGUUAUGGAUAAUAAAGAGCCUCAAAACCAGACUACCUGUGCCAGUCAUAAUGGGGGACACAGCACUAGCAACAGCCCUGAGGAGGAAUUUCAAGAGGAUAAGCUCAGCCCUUCCAAAAUCAUGCGCUUUUUCACCACUCCUCGGAAACGGGCUAAUUCCAGCUCUGACAGGCCUCGUUCUCUGGUUUUGAUGGGCAACUCAUCCACGUGGAAUGCCUUUUCUUCUAUCAGAAAGAUGGGAUCUUUCAAGAAGUUGAAAUCUUCAGUUCAACAAGGAAUUCAAGCAAGGGAAUGCUCAGACAUCUCAAAUGAGAACAGCAUAGGCAAACAUGGUUCGAAUGGAGCAGUGGUGCGAGUUCAGACUAACAGAUAUUCCUAUUCAGGGCCUCUGCAUGAUUUCCAGAAUGCAGUGGAUGGUUUAGCUUCUGACUGCUCAGAUGUGGAGGAGAGCGAUGAGUCCUUCCUGAGGAACACUCACCGCUCACGCAGCAUCAGGCGGGCUUACGGUGCUGGUCGCAUAAACCUGCUGGACACAGAUAAAGUUCAGAGUCACCACAACUGUGUUAGGCCAACAUCACCUGUCAUCGCAGAGCCAAAGAUCUGUGAAAUUUUCGUGAAAGACUCUGAAAACAACAGGAUCAUUUAUUGGAGAAGCAGAAGUUCAGAUAAUUUGAACUUUCUGAAGAAAAGCUCAUUCAAACGGAAGUCCACCUCAAACCUUGCUGAUCUGAAGGUUGCAAAUGAAAAACAGAUGCCAGCAAGGACUGUGAGUGUUGCCUCUGCUGACUCUGACAAAAGUGGUGGAAACCCUGAGAGGAGAUCCAAGCGAUGGAAGAGCCCCAUCAGAGCAAAGGAUUUUGACAGAGUUUUGAAAUUUGUCAGUAAUGUUACAGAUGUUGCAAGGAAGAAGGAUGGCCCCAAGAACACGUCUCCUUCUCCCAGUGAGCUGUCCCAGAGAACAAGGUCUAACAGCAGGCUGCACGAUGACUACUCCCGCAGGGUUUCCAGCAGCACGGAUCAUGACAGGAAGAGAUGCGCCUCCUCGGUAUCCAGUCCUGACUCUUCCUUGCCAGGAACACCUUGCCUGCAAAGCCCUGUGAUUGCUCAGGAUAAGGAGGCUGAAAUGAAUGUAGCUGUCACUGAAGAUAAAAGCCUCAGGACGUCAUCAGGUAUCCCAGAUUCUGAUAGCUUUUCACCUACUCUGAACGACAUUAGUCCAUUUCCCAAUGAAGUCUUUUAUUCAGACUCAGAUGAACCGAAAGCUACCCAGCAGUGUACAGAUGAAGACGAAAACCUUCACCUUCCAGUCAGGCCAACAACUCCAAAGCCUCAAAGUCCAACUACAGGGAAAGUCAAGUGCAGUAUGAAUUUCCAGUGUCCAAACCAUCACAGCACGUUGUCGCUGAGCUCAUCGGAGAGUGAAGAGAGAGUUGAGGUACCGGGGCUGAAGUUGGGCAGGAAUCCUGUUUGCUUCCAAGACUCAGUGCAGACUGUGUACUAUGAUGAUGGAAAUGAAGAUAGUGGCAUAAGCAGCCACUCUCAGCUGAGCCUAAAUUUAGCCUCUGGUACUGAAGAGAAAAAGGAAGAGGUUGUUUCUGAUGACCACUGGAAGAGGUCCACGUCCCAGGAUGAAGAAAAGGCAGACUCACAAAAGGUCACACCCAGGAAAUGGGGCUCUGGAAAAAGAUCCCGGCCCAGACCUCUCUCAGACUACGGCCAAAUGUCAGUCCGAAGUUUCUCUAUACCAGAAGAUGCAGUUGCAGUGGAGUCUCAGAAGACAGACUGCACAGAUGGAGAAAAUCAGCCAGGACUGGCAUCUGUUGGUUCUGUGAUCCAAAGCAAUACUGUAGGCUACCACAGAGGGCGAAAAAGAAGACCCAUCUCCGUAAUAGGUGGGGUCAAUUUCUAUGGAGACGAUCAAGUAGAAGAGAGAGAAAAUCUGCUGACACAACCUGUGGCACGGCCACCCGUUCCAGCACACAAGGUGCCCCCGUACAAGGCUGUUUCAGCCAGGUUCCGGCCACUCACCUUCUCUCAAAGUACCCCCAUCGGCCUGGACCGGGUGGGACGGAGGCGGCAGAUGAGAACAGCUAAUGUUGCUGCAGAUGGUGGGACUGAAUCUUCAGCCUUAGUGGAUGACAAUGGCAGUGAGGAAGAUUACAGCUUCGAGGAGCUCUGCCAAGCUGCUCCCAGGUACCUGCAGCCCGGAGGGGAGCAGCUUGCAAUUAAUGAGCUGAUAAGCGAUGGCACCGUCGUCUAUGCAGAGGCUCUGUGGGACCAUGUCACUAUGGAUGAUCAAGAGCUGGGCUUCAAAGCUGGAGAUGUCAUUAGAGUUCUAGAAGCUUCCAACAAAGACUGGUGGUGGGGAAGAAAUGAGGACAAGGAAGCCUGGUUUCCAGCCAGCUUUGUCAGGCUGCGAGUUAAUCAGGAAGAAGUGCCAGAAAAUUGUAGUAAUAUCCAGGACGAAGAACAAGAUUCAGAUAUUAGCAAGCAUCGCCAGAAAAUAGCUGAAAACAGGGAUCAGAUGAGAACCAACGUUAUACAGGAAAUUAUGAAAACAGAACGGGUCUAUAUCAAGCAUCUCAAGGACAUCUGUGAGGGUUACAUUCGGCAGUGUCGCAAACAUACAGGAAUGUUCACCACAGCUCAGUUAAGCACCAUUUUUGGAAAUAUUGAAGAUAUUUACAAGUUCCAAAGGAAGUUUCUGAAGGAUCUUGAGAAACAGUACAACAAAGAAGAACCUCAUCUAAGUGAAAUAGGGUCAUGUUUUCUUCAACAUCAAGAAGGCUUUGCUAUUUAUUCAGAGUAUUGUAACAAUCAUCCCAGUGCCUGCAUUGAACUCUCCAAACUGAUGAAGCAGGGAAAAUACCGCCACUUCUUUGAGGCCUGUCGCUUGCUUCAGCAGAUGAUUGACAUUGCCAUUGAUGGUUUUCUGCUCACUCCUGUUCAGAAAAUCUGCAAAUAUCCUCUGCAGCUUGCAGAAUUGCUCAAAUACACCACUCAGGAGCACAGUGAUUAUAGCAACAUAAAAGCUGCAUAUGAGGCCAUGAAGAAUGUGGCAUGCCUGAUCAACGAGCGAAAACGGAGACUAGAAAGCAUAGACAAGAUUGCACGUUGGCAAGUCUCUAUCGUAGACUGGGAGGGACCAGAUGUGCUAGCCAGAAGCUCAGAACUGAUCCACUCAGGAGAACUGACCAAAAUAUCAAAACAAGGCAAAAGCCAGCAGAGGACUUUCUUCCUUUUUGACCAUCAGCUUGUCUUCUGUAAGAAGGACUUGCUGAGAAGGGACAUCUUGUAUUACAAGGAUCGUAUUGACAUGGAUGAGACGGAAGUUGUGGACACUGAAGAUGGUAGAGACAAAGACUUUAACAUCAAUGUCAAGAAUGCUUUUAAGAUAAUAAACAGAACAACAGAAGAGAUUCAUUUGUUCUGUGCAAAAAAACAGGAGGAUAAAAAGAGAUGGAUGGAGGCAUGUGAAAGUGAAAGGAGAAGAGUUCGAGAAGACAAGGAAAUGGGUAUGGAAAUCUCAGAAAACCAGAAGAAACAAGCAAUGCAGAAUGCCCGUAAGUCAAGGCAAGGAAAAAUUAAAGGUGUGAGCUAUAAUGGGUGUCCAGUGCCUCCUCCACACCAAACCCUGCAUCCCCUUCACCAGCGACACAUCACCGUGCCUACCAGCGUCCCACAGCAGCAAGUCUUUGCCCUGGCAGAACCCAAGCGGAAGCCAUCCCUCUUCUGGCAUACCUUCAACAAACUCACUCCCUUUAAAAAGUGAGAGGCCAAGGACUUGAAAGGACAUCAACACAGAGGGAAACUCACUCCAGAGGAGGACCUUGGAGACACAGUUAAGCUUACUUGAGCUCAGCAAAUCUCCCGUUUCGGAGGUAGAACCUUGGGUUCCCUUGAGCCAGGAAUGCAGCCUUUGUAUUGGUAAGAAAGAAGUUUGUUGAGGCUGCUCUGAAGUCCAUGUUGCCAAGUGUCAGCAUUGCUGAUGAAGAGCAGUCUCUCUUCUGACAAAGACGACUUGCUGUUACUCAGAGACAGCAGUAUUUGAUCUCUGUUUCUUAGUUAUGUUGAAGUAGUGAUGGAAUCAUGCAGGUCAUUGUAACAUUUCAUUUUUCUUAACCUUAUAUUGAUGGCCAAAUUUUGGAUAGGGAGGAAUUUUUCCUUAGGGAUGUAUCAGCAAGGAGCCUUAGGAGAAUUUUCUCCUUCCUCCUGGAGCACUGAGCACAGAACACCCAUUAAAAUCUGGUGGAGGUAUCCCAUGUGAUUAGCCAGCUAUUGCAGAAUUUAGUGAACCCUAAUCCUUCCUGUCUUUUUUCAUUACAUUGCCAAAUGGCAGGAGAACAUCCCGCAAGGCCUUACCAUAUUCCAGAUUGGAACAGGGAAAUUUCAUUCUGUCCUAUAGAAACACGAACAGAGUGUGAAAUGGACUGUAAAGAUAUGUGUGCAUUUAUUGCACACAAGUGGAAACAAGAGCAGCCCAGGGUAUCUCAGAUUGAUUCAUUUCAGUCAGAGCAAUAUAUUGCAUGCAUGUACGCUCUUCAGUGUAGAGCUUUUAUAUCGCUUUUUCACACAUUUCUUCACCUGGGAGACUCUUCUUUGUAUUUCCAAUAUGCUUAUUUCUCUGUGUAAAAAAUACAUUUUUAUUUUCUCACGGAGAUAAUGUGAAUGUACAAAAUCAGAGUUGAGACAGUACAUGGUGACUGCUGGCUAUGUUACAUAGGUCUCAUGCUUUUUAUUCAUAUAGCUGGACUUAGAAAAUGAAUAAAUAGUAAUGUAAAUGUA